AGUGUGAUUAUUCCUUUCUCGAUGUUCGCCAAUAUCUUCUGCCUCAACGCCUUGCGCAACAGGAGCUCUACUACCGAUGCUCUUCCCUACGAGCCGCCCGUUGAACUUAGCAACAAGGCGAGUCAAACUCAGAUCAUCAUGAUCAACGCCGAGAAGCCUCACGAGGAACAUCCUGUGCUCGGUUAUCCCCGCUUUUGGCCGAUCCUUAAGACGGCAACCAGAUGGAUGGCUCAUGAGAUUGUUGGAUUCAACUGCACGGAGAACCCGAUGGCUCCCGUGCCAGCGGAGGAUUACAAGCUUGGUCAUGAGCUUAUCCAUUUUGUGUUGAAGGAUGACAGUCUCAGGGGCUACGUGAUCCCUAUGAACGCCAUCACAGUUUCAGUGGCCGCCGAGAACUUCCUCGCUGGGGGAGACUCAUUCAACUUCGAGCCGAUCGACCAGGAAGCUAAGGGAUUCCUGACCUACCAUCUGAUCUCUGACCGAGUCCAGGCGACUUAUUUCAACUACAAUGGCCUCACGUACCUGGCUGGCAUCUGCUACCUGAUGAGAAGCAUCACCGAUGAGAUCAUCUGUGACAUCAAUCGCCCGAGAAGCUUCAAUCAUAUCGAGAUCUGCCGAAAGGCUUUUGAGCUCACCUGGCUCGAACGUCGCCGUUUCCCUUGUGAUGAUGUGACUCACACUCAGGAGUCGUACGGUGUGGACUGUCACCGCCUUCGCAGAAGAGUGCUUGUGGGCUUUGACGAGACACAUCAGAAAAUUGUCCACUUGAACUUCAACAAUCGUACCGGAGAGGUCUGGAAAGAGUUCUGCAGCAAGUGCAACAAAAUGGAAAGUACCACUUCCAUUUUCUUCGCACUCAAGCUCCGUCUCCCACUGGUCCUUCCACCCCAGAUCCCCGAUGAGAUCCUUGAUGAAGCUAACGAAAUCGUGCCAAGAAUCGCCAUGGCGGACUCCUUCUCGGAUCUCGAGUCAAUCGCAGACUCGGCCGUCGCCGAAUCAGCACGCGCACCCGGCGAAUUGGUGGAGUAAAAGAGUUCAAUUUAGUUUCUGCUUGUACUGCAGAGUAAUUUUUCUAUAAUCGCUGGACCUAAUAUUCUCGCUUUACAUUUUUCCACUACCUCUAUUUUAAUCUUUACAUCUUAAAGUCUGUGAACUCUUUUCAAUAAACAAAAAGUUACUCGAA